CUUGCGAAAGAAGUCUGAACUAUCGAAUGGGCUGGGAAACAAAACAAUUCUUGAACACAACAACGUUCCCAAUGGAACAAUAGAUCGAUCUUGCCAAAGAAGUCUGAAAGCGAAGACGAAACCAAAAUGCCGCCACAAAAACAUUUCUUGAGCACAACAAUCGUUCCCCAAACUUUGAAACUUUUCCAGCACACCACAGAGCAAACAAACGAUGGGUUUAUCUCAAGCUCCUCAAAGGCACAGAAUUCCUGUUUUCAUAUUACUCUUCGCAUUGCUACUGUUUGGUCUUUUGUGCCAUCAAGUCAUCCCCCCAGCUCCCAUUGUGCGCAGUGCUUCUUUGCAAACAGUAGCCGACCAAACAGUGACCCCAGCGAUUCUUCACCAAGUGCUACCCCCAGACGCCACCAAAUACGAGGCUUGGAUCAGCACUUGGCAAUCAGCUAACCUGACCAGACGGACAUAUGGCGACGAUGAUUUGGAAUCCAUCAUUAAGGCAUUGGGAUCACAACGCAUCCUGAAAAGAUGGUCCCAGAUGAGCCGCACCAUUGAAAAGGUAGACUUUGUGCGGUAUGCAUUACUCUAUCUUUACGGUGGUGUCUAUGCCGAUGCCGACCAAGAACUAGUGGAUGCCGAUGCAUUACGCCGCGUCAUUGACUGGAACACGGUGGUCUUGCCUGUAGAACAGGGUGGUCCCUUUGGAGCUCACCAAGUUGGCCAAGCCCUGAUGGUGUCACCGCCGGGUCAACGGUUCUGGUGGGAUCUCAUGGAGUACAUGAUAGACCAGUACAAUGCAUCCUGCAACGUGCUCAUUAACACAGGACCACUGGGUGUCACUGCUUUUUGGAACCAAGGAGGGGGCAAAAAUCAUCCCAAGGUUCGACUGUCACGGCUUUUAGAUGGUCGUUUCGACCCAACAAUAUUCAAUCAAUCUGCCACAUGGCACCACAUGGGAGGUUCCUGGAUUGAUCAGGAGACUCACAAGGCACAACUGCUGGCAUGCAAAGACAAGGUUACCUGGCACGUUGAAGGAGGCAAUGAGCGGCUUUAUUUGUAGUUUCCUGACUCCUGGUGGUUGUCCUGCCACAUAAAACGAAUCACUACAAUAUAUCUUAGCAGCAACAGUCCACCGAAAGGUCGCUUCCAAGAGAGACACCAAUUUGCCGUGAAGCUAGAUUCGAUCAUCAUUCUCUACCAUUAGCUGCCAUUUUAUCGCGUUCUGCUAGCUUUUUCUUCCACUCGUUUGACCCAAUUCUUCACGGGCAAACAGCUUGCCCACCCCUUUAGUUAGACUAGUGGCCGACUUCUGCUUUGCGUGUGCCCUCCUAUUACCAGCUGUUCAAAGCCCUCGCUUUUCGGCUUCGGCACGUCGCCGUUCUUUCUCC